GAUGACGUAGAAGGGUAUAUCUUUGUGAGUCCCUUUUUGAACCGCACUUGAGUGACAUUCCUGUGUUUGUUGAUGUUGUGAGGCGGGCUGAGGGCCGGCGGGAGACAUGUUCAUAUAUCUCAGUAAGAAGAUUGCUAUCCCCAACAACACUCGUUUACGAUGUGUGGGGUGGAACAAAGAUCAGGGAUACAUCGCGUGUGGCGGAGAUGAUGGCUUGUUGAAGGUCCUCAAGCUGGAAGCUGGUAAGGAUGCAAAGAUUAAGGGUUUAGCAGCUCCCUCAAAUCUGUCCAUGAACCAAACUCUUGAGGGUCAUACUGGAACAAUUCAAGUUGUUACUUGGAAUGAAUCUCAUCAGAAGCUGACGUCAUCCGACCAGAGCGGCCUCAUUAUUGUAUGGAUGCUCUACAAGGGUUCGUGGUACGAAGAAAUGAUCAACAAUCGUAAUAAGUCUGUGGUGCGAGGCAUGGCCUGGAACACUGAAGGACAAAAGAUUUGUAUUGUAUAUGAGGAUGGCGCAGUAAUUGUAGGAAGUGUGGACGGAAAUCGUAUCUGGGGUAAGGAGCUGAAAGGCCAGCAUCUGAUGGGUGUUGAAUGGUCACCUGAUUCUAGCCUCCUGCUCUUCUCACUUGUCAAUGGAGAAGUACACGUGUAUGAUAAUACUGGAGGUUUUGUCAGCCGACUGAACAUCCAGUGCUUGGGUAGUAUGGGGUUGGGGGCGGUCGUUGUUGGCCUGACGUGGUACAAUGGACGUAAUGGCUAUGUCGAGCCAGACUGUCCCACGCUAGCCAUAUGUUAUGAUAAUGGAAGGAUGCAAAUAAUGCGCAACGAGAGUGAUGACGUACCUGUCCUGAUAGACACCGGGAUGAGUGUGUGCGCGUGUCAGUGGAAUCACGAUGGAAGCGUGAUGGCAGUGGCUGGCAUCCUUCAUCUCUCAGGCAUAGGCGAGAAGGAUUGCAAUGUUGUCCAGUUUUAUACUCCCUUUGGUGAGCAUCUGCGAACCCUAAAAGUGCCCGGAAAGCAAAUUACUGCUUGUUCCUGGGAGGGUGGAUCACUUCGGAUUGCAUUGGCCGUCGACUCCUUCAUCUACUUUGCCAAUAUCCGUCCAGACUACCGAUGGUGUUUUUUUGCCAACACGGUUGUGUAUACAUAUACGAAACCUGAGCGUUCAGAGGCUUGUGUAACGUUUUGGGAUACACGCAAUAAUGAGCAUUUUAUCAAACAUAUCAAGUUCUUGAUGGGAAUGACAUCCUCCGGAGAGCACUGUGUACUGGCAGUUCGCACAGACGAUGGUUCGGGACAGUUUGGUCUCAUCAUUUGUAAUGCCAUUGGAACACCUGUUGACAGCAAGUACAUAGAUAUAGAGCCGCACUAUCUGGCUAUGACAAACAGUUAUGUGAUGGCAGCCUCAAAAGAAAACUUCUAUCUGUGGCAUUUCAAGACACCUAAGGCACAUAGUUCCAUAGAAUUAACAAGUGCAGUUAAAUCUGACCGACAUGAACGUCUUUACCACAUUGACGACACACCGACAGGAGUCUCCGAUGUUUUCAGGGAAGGAGAAAAAUUGUUUGAGGCAACAAGUGAUCCAGUAUGCUGUAUAACUGCCAGUGAGCGAGUACUAAUAAUUGGCAGGGAAUCUGGAAGCUUGCAGAGAUACACGCUACCCCAUGUUGCACUCAUUGCACGUUACUCGCUGCCAUGUCGGCCCCACAGACUCUCGCUCAACUGCAAUUCCUCACGGUUAGCAAUCAUUGACAUCACUGGGCUGCUCACGUUCCUAGACCUGGACACUCGCGCUUCAGACACCACCGGCUCAGAGGUUAUGGGCUCGAUUCUGAAAUUUGAGCGCAAAGAUGUUUGGGAUAUGUGCUGGGCUCAGGACAACCCGGAGUUGUUUGCCAUGAUGGAGAAGACGCGCAUGUACGUCUUCCGUAACAUGGAUCCAGAGGAGCCUGUUGCCAGUUCUGGUUAUCUCUGCAGUUUUCAGGACCUGGAGAUUCGUGCGGUACUUCUGGAUGAAGUGAUGCGUGAACCUGAGUCGCCCACCAUGGACCACUUGCUUACCUUAGAGGUCAAGAGUCUCAGGGAUACUAGAGACCUGUUAGAGAAGGUGUCUAUUAAGGAUGCUGCAGCAUUUAUUGAUGAAAAUCCUCACCCAAGACUAUGGCGUUUGCUUGCUGAAGCUGCUCUAGAAAAGCAAGACCUCAAGAAUGCAGAAGCGGCCUUUGUCCGAUGCAAGGAUUAUCCGGGAAUACAACUGGUCAAACGCAUCUCCAACAUCCAGAAUGAAACGCUACGUAAAGCAGAAGUAGCAGCAUAUUUUAAAGAUUUUGAUGAAGCAGAGAAGCUGUAUUUAGAGGUAGACCGAAGAGACAUUGCCAUAUCUCUGCGGCGCAAAUUAGGCGACUGGUUCCGUGUGGUUCAGCUCCUUAAAUCUGGAUCAUCUGGAGAUGACUUACAAAUGGAAGAAGCCCUGAAUAACAUUGGUCAUUAUUAUGCUGAUAGACAUAAAUGGGAUGAGGCAGUAAAGCAGUUUGAGUUAGCACAUAACCAUGAAAUGUUAGCUCAGUGCUACUAUCAACUGGAAGAUUUUGAGGCCAUGGAGUCCCUUGUACGCUCGCUGCCUGACGACUCUCCUCUCCUUCCCUCCAUCGCGGACAUGUUUACAAGUGUCGGGAUGUCACAGCAGGCUGUUGAUGCCUACAUGAAGUGCAAUUGUGUGAAGUCUGCUAUUGAUACAUGUGUGGCCCUAAACCAGUGGCACGAAGCAGUAGAGUUAGCAAAACAGCACAACGUAACCGAGAUAAGUGCUUUGCUUGCUCGUUAUGCAUCGCAUCUCUUGGAGAAAGGCAAUCGUCUGCAAGCUAUAGAACUGUUUCGGAAGGCUGAUAAACUACUUGAUGCUGCAAAAUUGCUAUAUCAGAUUGCGGAGGAAGAAGGAAAGAAGAAAGCCCGUCCAUUACGUGUAAAGAAACUGUAUCUGCUUGCUGCCCAGCUGGUUCAGGAACACAAUUCAAGAAUGAAACAAACUAUGAAAGAAGCGAGUGGGAGUCGAAGUGCAGCCUUAAUGGGUCUCUUUGACGAAGGAAGCGCACUUCCUGCCGACCUCCAGGGAGGCAACACUCAGGCCAACAUGCUGGACAAUCCCUGGAAAGGAGCAGAAGCUUAUCACUUCUUCCUCUUAGCUCAACGACAGCUAUAUGAAGGUUACGUUGAUGCCGCCAUGAAGACAUGCCUACAUUUGAGAGAAUAUGAGGGACUCGUUGAUCCAGAAGACAUCUAUGCCCUUCUGGGUUUGGCCUCGUGUGCUAAUAGAGCAUUUGCAACAUGUUCCCGAGCUUUUAUAAAGUUGGAGGCUCUAACGGAGAUAUCUCCGGAAAAGAAGGAGGCAUACGAGGACCUGGCAAUGAACAUUUUCAUGAAGUACAGUCCAAAAGAUUCUCGUAGCAAUCGAGCCGAGUGCACUAGCUGCGAAACAAUGAUACCAGACUGGGUGAGUGUUUGCCCAAGUUGCAACACACGCUUUGCAACAUGCAUUGUAACGGGACGACCCAUCAUGGACGUGACUGCUGUUUGGACGUGUCCAGCGUGCAAGCAUUCUGCACUGGAGCAAGAUAUGACCAUGAGAGCUCAUUGUCCUCUGUGUCACACUCUCAUUCUCUCGCACUAAACACAUUCAAUUAUAACACCACUGAAAAGUAUACACUUAUACUGUAUUGUACAACAUAUAAUUUCCGUAUUUGUUGGCAGAUUGGACGCAUGUUUUUGGUCCACCACCGAAUAUGUAUAUGGUAUUUACAUACACAAAAUCACUUUUUAUAAAUGAAUGAUGAAAUAUACUAAAAAAAAAAAAAAGAAAUCCACAAAAUAUCCAUAUUAGGUGCAUCUUAUAUGCUG